AUGGCUGCUCUCAACAUUCCCCCGUACAUCGUUUCACGGGUUUGCAGCUUCCUUACUGGACAAUCAUUCUUUUGCUCGGACGGUCGCUUUGUCUCCUCUUCGCAUCCGCAGCAGAGGGGCGUCCCUCAGGGGUCCGUCCUUUCGCCACUGCUGUUUAACAUUUUGAUGAGUUCCCUACCUCUCGACCCGGGCAUCCUCACUUUGACCUAUGCGGACGAUAUUGCCGUCUUCUCCUGCUCUAUCACUGCAUACGAUACGAUUCUGCUUUUCUCCGACUCAUUAUCGGUCAUCACCGCCCUAGCCAGCCCCUCCAGCGAGUGGCUCGAGCUCCUGCAGGCCCUGAGUCCUAGCCACAUCACGGAAGUGGUCCUGACAUGGAUUCCUGGUCACUGGGCCCGAUCUCCCAACGAGUUGGCGGACAGCCUUGCAAAACUUUCCCUCUCUGGCCGUACCAUUGACGUCCUUCCGCCCCUGCCCUCUACCACGCGGGUGAAGGAGGACGAAACUUCUUACGCCUUGCUGGGAAAGCCCAAGUACCCAUUUCCCGAUGCCAGUUAUGAAGACUAUGAAGACACUCCUCACUGGCUCACGACGUCAACGGCAGAGAUACCUCAGACGACUUCCGAGGCGACAAUGUCAACACGCAUCACGCAACAUCCAUUCACCGACAAAGUAUGUGAUACGGAAGAUUGUCAAUACAUGCGUUGGCUUAUUGACGUGUCCGUGGACACAGGGAAAGAUCCUUGCGAAAACUUUUACAGUUACGUCUGUAACGGAGCUCUGAGGUCUUUAUCUCACUGGUAUGAUAUGUCUACGACAUUCAAUUUGGAUGUCUUCCAGCGCAACAUCACCUUAAAUAUUCUCAGGCAUUUACAAGACGAAAAGGUCCCAAGAAGAGGGCAAACGGGAUAUCAAAAAGUAGCGGCCUUCCACCAGCACUGCAUGGAUAUUGAUAACGUUACGACGACUGAAGCAAUGGGACAGUUUUUAAAGCAGCAAGGAAUGACUUUUGCAAGUGACAUGCAAUUCGACCUACUGCAUGCUAUGGUGAAAUUCAUGUUUGGUUCCGACAUUCCCCUGAUAUUUGAAAUAGAAGCACGCUGGGUAAAAGGCAAGCAGCUUUUACUAUACAUGAGGCAAGAGUACUGGGUAAAAUACGCCGUCACGAAAGACCGAGAGGCGAGGAAAGAUGAGAUUACGCUAAUUUUAUCGGCAAUCCUUUCCAGAGACCUCCGCGAUCUCGCAAAUGAGAUCAUUGCAGUGGAGAAUAAUUUAUCCAAUCUGUCGCAAGUUAAGUACACUGGCAGCGAAACCUCAGAAAGCAAGAAGCUUCUGUUCCCCUUGUCGAAGUUGGGCCUUUUGGUAAACAACGACACGACCCUGUCAGAACAGUGGAAUGAAGCCGUGGAGGAUAAUACAGACCCGAGACUUCCGAAAGACUUAAAAGUCAGUAUGACAGUGAACGAUGUUCAUUUCUUCCAUAAUUUAUUCGGCAAAUUCAGGAAUGCUACGGCAAAUGAAUUAAGGAUAUUCUGUGCCUGGAAGAUUGCCCUUUACCUGUAUAAAGCUUCCUUGUUGAACCCAUCGUACAUUGGUCCGCCUGGUUAUCUGAAUCUUUCUAUGUGCCUGGACCAAAUUGUGAAAAUGUUCCCGAAUACUGUAGCUUCGGGUUUCUUCUUCUCCAUACUGAACAGUUCGAGGCUGAAUCUCGCCAGGGAGAUGAUUCAGACAAUUGUCGACGAGAUUAAGAAGUCCUUCGAGUCUUCACAUUGGCUCGACGAGACAACUCGCGUUGGAGCUCUGAAGAAACUUUCUAUGCUGAAAAGAGAUAUUGGUUUCCCUCCGGAAUUGAGCUCCGCCUUGAAAAUAGACGCGUUCUUCAAAGAUCUCCCUGACCUAAACGGACCUUUCAUUGAGGACUACAUGCAGGUUCGGAAGUUUUGGACAAAGCACAACUGGAAUGGAAUAUUGAGCGACUCCUCCUUCGUGGAUCCACGAUACACGUUUCCUGCAUUCCUUGUCAAUGGUGCUUACAUACCGGUGGUAAAUCACAUAUUCAUUGGAACCCCUCUUUUGCUCACGCCUGUCUUUUCGUAUGGCGCACCUCCAGAAGUGAACUAUGGAACCCUAGGCGUGACGCAUGAACUAAUGCACGGCUACGAUACGUCUGGCAGGAAUUAUGACGGUGCUGGGCAUUUCAAACCGUGGUUUAGCGAAAAAAGUAUUGCGGAAUACGACAAGAUCGUUCGUUGCCACAACGAGACUAUUGAGAAAGCUCCGAAAGCUAGAGCUUACAAAGAUUAUCCCCUGGAGUAUCUAGCAGACACGAUGGGUACUACGUCUCGGUUGAGGGCAUAUAAAAAAGCUUCGAAAAAGUCGCAUGUUACUCUGGGCAACGUGAGGGAUUUGACGAAGGACAAGAUCUUCUACAUUUCCGGGUGUCUACUGUGGUGCGGAAAGGAAUUCCCAGAACGGAGGGCGCUAGAUCAUCCGCCUUCGGAUGAAAGAUGCAACGUGCCUCUUAUGAAUUCACAACAUUUCAGCGAAACCUUUUCUUGCCCAAAGGACUCGCCAAUGAAUCCCUCGCACAAAUGUGUCUUCUGGUAA